AAGAAAGUAGUUCUUCUAUAAUCAUAUAUAAUUUCAGGAUAUUUAUUGUUGAUAGUCGCUGUAAAAUAAAAAUAAUUUCAUAAAGAAUGUUACAACAUUUUUAUAAUGAAAAUAACAUUGAAUGUAUAAAUAUUUUUACAAUUAAAAAUAUCAAAUAAAAUAUUUUUAAUGUAUUUGAAAUUUUAUGUACAAAUAUUCAAUGAAUGUCAUUUGUGACAUUUUAUAAUUAUUAUACGGUGUUUAAUUAUAAAUUAUUUGCCUGUAUAUUGUAUAAUUACAUUUAAAUUAUGAGUGUUGAUAGCGAAAAUAAAUCAAAUGAAGCUAUUGUUUCAUUUUCAUCAUCAGCAGAACAAGAAAAUACUGAUAAUGGAAAUAUUGCAGAAAAUAUUAUAACCCCGGAAAUGGUGCUACGAUUACCUACGAUUACUGAUAAGUAUUUAUGUUCUCCUGAGGCAAACAUUUAUGACAUAGAUUUUACAAGAUUUCAAAUUAGAGAUUUAGAAACGGGAGCAAUAUUAUUUGAAAUAACAAAACCACCAAUUACCGAUUGUGAUUUGAAUCAAGAUGUAGAAUCAGAAAUUGAAGAAUCUGGUUGUGAAGAUGCUAAUACUGGCCGUUUUGUACGGUAUCAAUUUACACCUCAAUUUCUUAAACUAAAGACUGUAGGAGCUACAAUUGAGUUUCUGGUGGGUUCAAAGCCAGUAAAUAAUUUUCGGAUGAUUGAACGUCAUUUCUUUCGAGAUAGAUUAUUAAAAACUUUUGACUUUCAAUUUGGAUUUUGUAUACCAAAUAGUAAGAAUACUUGCGAACACAUUUAUGAAUUUCCUACUUUACCUGCUGAUUUGGUUUCUGAAAUGAUUGCAAAUCCAUUUGAAACACGUUCAGAUUCAUUUUAUUUUGUGGACAAUCAAUUGGUAAUGCAUAACAAAGCAGAUUAUGCAUAUAAUGGUGGACAUACACAUGAUGUACUUUAGUAGGUAAAGUUAGUAAGCUAUUUGCACUUUGCAAAAGAAUUGUGAUAAUAGUGGCAAAUAUUUAGCUAAUUUAAAUUACAAUUCAAUUUUUUUUUUUAGACAUAAUUGCAAUUUUCUUAAAUUUUCAUAUUAACAUUUAAAUAUUGAAUUUAUAUAAUAUGAUCAGAGUUCAAACUUUUUUUAAUCAUUGAAUUUCUGUAUUAAAUUUAUAAUUGAUUAAACAUAUAUAUUCUAUUUUAAUUUAUUUUAAUA